AUGGGAGGUGGAGGGCGUGGGCGCGCGAGCACAGGGCUCGGCGUGGGCGCUGCUGCUGGCGUGCGGCGCGAGCCUGCUGCGCGCACAGCACCCGCUGCGCCGCUUCAAUGCGCACCAGGCCGCGCGCGCCGACCUGCUGCGACACCUGCUGGUGGCUUGCAAGGAGAGGUUCCUGAACUCGGACUGCCCGCCGCUGAGCGCGGCCACCAGCAACACGCUGGUGGAGCUGGUGGGCGCGCUGCUGGGCGCGCCGCCGCUGCUGCCGCACGUCGCGCUGCUGGCAGACUUCUUGCUGCUCAUGCACCAGGUACUGCACUCGGACUGCUCCACCAGCAACACGCUGGUGGAGCUGGUGGGCGCGCUGCUGGGCGCGCCGCCGCUGCUGCCGUACUGCACUCGGACUGCUCCACCAGCAACACGCUGGUGGAGCUGGUGGGCGCGCUGCUGGGCGCGCCGCCGCUGCUGCCGCACGUCGCGCUGCUGGCAGACUUCUUGCUGCUCAUGCACCAGGUACUGCACUCGGACUGCUCCACCAGCAACACGCUGGUGGAGCUGGUGGGCGCGCUGCUGGGCGCGCCGCCGCUGCUGCCGCACGUCGCGCUGCUGGCAGACUUCUUGCUGCUCAUGCACCAGGUACUGCACUCGGACUGCUCCACCAGCAACACGCUGGUGGAGCUGGUGGGCGCGCUGCUGGGCGCGCCGCCGCUGCUGCCGCACGUCGCGCUGCUGGCAGACUUCUUGCUGCUCAUGCACCAGGUACUGCACUCGGACUGCUCCACCAGCAACACGCUGGUGGAGCUGGUGGGCGCGCUGCUGGGCGCGCCGCCGCUGCUGCCGCACGUCGCGCUGCUGGCAGACUUCUUGCUGCUCAUGCACCAGGUACUGCACUCGGACUGCUCCACCAGCAACACGCUGGUGGAGCUGGUGGGCGCGCUGCUGGGCGCGCCGCCGCUGCUGCCGCACGUCGCGCUGCUGGCAGACUUCUUGCUGCUCAUGCACCAGGUACUGCACUCGGACUGCUCCACCAGCAACACGCUGGUGGAGCUGGUGGGCGCGCUGCUGGGCGCGCCGCCGCUGCUGCCGCACGUCGCGCUGCUGGCAGACUUCUUGCUGCUCAUGCACCAGGUACUGCACUCGGACUGCUCCACCAGCAACACGCUGGUGGAGCUGGUGGGCGCGCUGCUGGGCGCGCCGCCGCUGCUGCCGCACGUCGCGCUGCUGGCAGACUUCUUGCUGCUCAUGCACCAGGUACUGCACUCGGACUGCUCCACCAGCAACACGCUGGUGGAGCUGGUGGGCGCGCUGCUGGGCGCGCCGCCGCUGCUGCCGCACGUCGCGCUGCUGGCAGACUUCUUGCUGCUCAUGCACCAGGCCAGCGACACGUUUGUAACCCACUCGCGCGCCAACUUCUACUUCCUGCUCACUCCCGAGACGCAAGAGAUGAGCGACUUCAACACCAACUCUCUGAAGAAGAAGCCUUCCCGGCGGCGGCGUCAGGAGCGAGCCAGUGUCCCCAGCGCCCCAGCUGAGGGUGCCCCUGUGGAUAGCGCCCCUUCAGAUAGUGCCCCUACGGAACCCGGCGAGCCGCGGGACACAGGGCAGCUCACAGACACCGACGCUGAGAAGACGGACCCUGACAGUAGCGUGGACUCCACCAAGAAGAUGAAGGGUAUCAUCAACUCGCAGAUUAAGGAAAACCAAAAAACAACGGACACAUCUUCAGUAACGGAAACCUCAGACCCGCCGCCAGCAGUAGAGCGGGCGCGGGCGGGCGCGCGCGACGCCGACCUCACGGAGUACAUUGUUGUAGAUGUCGACGACGUCAGCCACACCACCGUCGACCUCUACACCGGCGGGAUAUACCACCAGCGGCGGCUGCGCGCAGGGGCGGAGCCCGGCUGGACGGCGUGCGAGGGGCUGCUGCUGCUGCUGCGCGACGCCGUGGCCGUGCUGCCCGACGACCAGCUCGCACAGGCGCUGUGCGGCGCCGUGUCGGUGGAGAGCCUGAUCGUGCUGGCCAACCACCGCAGCGGCAGCGUGCGCGCCGCGCUCGUGCGCGUGCUGGCCGCGCUGCAGCGCCGCGACCCGCCCGACCUCGCGCGCAAGCUGCGCCACCAGCACUACCUGCUGCACCUCGCCAACCAGAUAUCGUUGUACGAAGGCACGUGGGAGCUGGCGGAAGCUUGUGCUGCUCUACUUACGAAGUGCGAUGUCCCCCUUGAAGAUCAGCUGGACGAAGACAUCUGGGUGGAGGCGCGCGACGAGUGGACGUGGCGCGCGGCGCCGCUGCUGGCGCUGCUGCCGUGCUGCCUGCGCUGCGUGCCGCUCGCGCACAACGUGGCGCGCCUGCUCGUGCGCCUCGUGCACGUG